AUUCAGGUGCCCCCACCUCAUGGAGAAGGUAGGCAAGGUGUGGAGCAACCUGAAGAGGGGAUGUCAGUCUCUGCUCCACCAAGAUGGAAGUUCCCGAGGGGAAAUGCAACCACAGCCACAUACAUUUUGUCAGAGUGUGGACCAGACCGAAGGAGAGAGCACACUGGAACUCGCCAGUCCUUCUGACAGCCUGUCGACACACCCUGUUGUGUCACGGAGGGCUAAUGGAAGCGUGGUACAUCGGGGUCAUAACUGCGUGGCAGAUGUGCCUCAAAUACUGGAGAUCACAGUUGAGCAGGACAGUGAAGAUGGGUGCGCUCCCCUUGGUGCCCGCAGAGAUUCCUAUUCACGUCACGCACCUUGGAGUGGCAAGAAGAGGCACUCAUGCUCCACCAAGGCACAGAGUUCCCUGGAGACCACAGACCGACGGAGUGGCCGCUCCCGUCGGAGACACCUAGCAAAUAGCAGCAGGGAUGAACCAGACCAGGGAGUACCACGUUCACUGCGCCAGCAGCUCCAUGAAACAAUGGGCCUGUGCCUCCCUCUGCGUCUGUCAUCACGUGGCACCCACUCACGGCUGCCCAAGCGCAAGAUCCAGAUCACCGAGCUAAUGCUGGAAACAUGCCCCUUCCCUCCUGGCUCUGAUCUUGCUCGUAAAUGGCACCUCAUCAAACAGCAUACAGCCCCUGUUACAGCUGCAGCAGUGGACUGCUCCACAGACUCCCCUAAUGGUGCUCGUGCAUCUCCAGAGGACGAGGAGGAACGUCUACGUGAGCGACGAAGGCUCAGUAUAGAAGAGGGAGUGGAUCCACCACCUGAUGCUCAGAUACACACUGUUGAGGCUAUUACAGCUCCACUGGCUACAGUCUACAAGCUGGGACCCAAACUAGCUCCUGGGAUGGGGGAGGCCUUGGGUGAGAGUCGGGGAGCCACAGCAGCUGACUGUGACUCUGAAGAUGAUGACACCACCACUCUUUGUUUGCAGGCUCGCCGUCCCAAGCAGCGCCAUAAUUCAGCAGAGGGCCUCCUGGGCGGCAAGCAGCCAGGGCCCUGGAAAGUGCACACACAGAUUGACUAUAUCCACUGCCUAGUGCCAGACCUGAUGCAGAUCACAGCUCUACCCUGCUACUGGGGUGUAAUGGACCGCUAUGAGGCCGAGGCACUGCUCGAUGGCCGGCCUGAGGGCACCUUUCUGCUGCGCGACUCUGCCCAGGAGGACUACCUGUUUUCUGUUAGUUUUCGCCGUUAUGGUCGCUCGUUGCAUGCACGUAUUGAACAAUGGAACCACAACUUCAGCUUUGAUGCCCACGACCCUUGUGUGUUCCAUGCAGCCACAGUCACGGCACUGCUGGAGCACUACAAAGACCCCAGCGCCUGCAUGUUCUUCGAGCCUCUGCUAACCUUGCCCCUUCACCGGACUUUUCCGUUUGGUCUACAGAGCCUGGCUAGGGCAGUCAUCUGCCGUGGGACCACCUACGACGGCAUUGCAGCGCUACCUUUACCCCCAGCGCUGCAAGACUACCUCAGGGAGUAUCAUUAUAAGCAGAGGGUGCGUGUGCGCUGGCUGGAGCGAGAGCUGCUCAAGGCCAAGUGAAACGCAGCACUACUCAUAAUAGACUAAGAGUGUGGGAGGGGGUUACACUGUGUACCGAGCAACAGGGGAUGGGGGCGCUCUCCCUGAAGAGUAGUCUAUUCAGCACUUAUUUGGAGGAAAAGUUCUUUUUGUAGGA